AUGGAAACCAAACCUCGUCCGCAGCUUCACAUUUUCUUUCUUCCAUUUAUGGCUCCAGGCCACACUUUACCCCUUAUAGACAUAGCCAAACUAUUUGCUUCACGCGGUGUAAAAUGCACCAUAGUAACCACCCAUGCCAAUGCACCAAUCAUCUCCCAAGCAAUCAAAACUAGCAUAGGUUUUGGCUUUGAAAUUAAACUUGUUCUUAUCAAGUUCCCAUCUACUGAAGUUGGAUUGCACGAAGGAAUUGAAAGUAUUAAAUUGGAGAAAACCAAAGAGAUGAGGAAAGGGUUGGUAAAAGCUACCACUCUGCUUCAACAACAGGUAGAGCAGGUUUUGGACCAACAUCAUCCUCAUUGCCUUGUUGCAGACUUUUUAUUUCAUUGGGCUACAGAUGUUGCUGCGAAGUUUGAGAUUCCAAGGCUCGUCUUCCAUGGAACUGGUUUCUUCGCCUUGUGUGCUCUAAAGAGUAUAAUGCUGUACCAACCUCACUUGAAGGUUUCAUCAGAUUCAGAAUCUUUUGUUAUUCCUAGUCUCCCAAAUGAGAUCAAGAUGACAAGAAACAAGCUAGUACCAUUUCUUACUCUAAAUGGUAAGACAGAACUGAUCAAGUUGAUCAAACUAUCCAGAGAGGCUGAAGAAAGGAGCUACGGAAUUAUUGUAAACAGCUUCUAUGAACUUGAACCAGAUUAUGCGGAUCACUAUAGGAAGGUGUUAGGAAAGAAGUCAUGGCAUAUUGGCCCAGUUUCUUUAUGCAACAAUGUAGAAAUAGAUAGGUCUGAGAGGGGAACAGAAGGCUUGGUUGAUGAAGCAAAGGAGUGCUUGAACUGGCUUAAUUCUAAAAAUCUCAAUUCAGUCGUUUAUAUAUGUUUUGGAACUAUGACCAAAUUCAGUGAUAGUCAGCUGGUAGAAAUCGCCUAUGGUCUUGAAGCUUCUGGGCAGCAAUUCAUUUGGGUUGUGAAGAAAGAAAAGAAUGAUAAAGAAGCGUGGUUGCCUGAAGGAUUUGAGCAGAGAGUCAAAGGAGAGGGAUUGAUUAUAAGAGGUUGGGCUCCCCAACUACUGAUUCUUCAGCAUGAAGCAAUUGGGGCGUUUCUCACUCACUGUGGGUGGAACUCAAUCCUUGAAGGAGUAUCUGCAGGGGUUCCAAUGAUCACCUGGCCGGUGUCUGCGGAGCAGUUUUACAAUGAGAAGUUGGUGACUCAGAUACUUGGCAUUGGGGUUCCUGUUGGUGCUCAAAACUGGGAGGAUGGUAGUUUGCAGAGUGAAGCUAGUGUGAAGAGGGAGGCCAUAGAGAAGGCUGUGACUGAAUUCAUGGUCGGUAAUAAACAAGAGGAAAUGAGAACCAGAGUGCUUGCACUUGGAGAGAUGGCAAGGAGGGCAGUUGCAGAAGGUGGUUCAUCGUUCUCUGAUUUAACUGUUCUAAUUGAAGAGUUGAGCUUCCUGGGGUCAUGA